AGUCCCUCUUCGCGCCUUACAUCCAUGCGCUACCUGCCCCGCCGCAGCUGCAUCCGCUGCAGCAAGACUGGCCAGCUGAGCUGGUGGAGUGCAGCCCCAUGCUGAAGCGCCUAUAUGAGGAGGCAGCGCACUGCCACCACCUCUGCCUCUCCGCCUCCACGAGACGCGCGCAGCACAGCUCGGCGCAACUGUCUGGGGCGCUUUCGCUGGUGCUCUCGAGGAACUUCGCGUUGCAGGGCUCGGCCCUUGGAUUGCUGCCCUUCAUCGAUUUCUUCAACCACCACCGUGACGUGGCCUGGCAUGGUGGCCAUGGUGGCGGAGCGCUCCAUUUACCAAGGCGAAGAGCUGACCUUUCGGUACGUCGCGGCGCCUGAUUCGGUGCUCUUGGUGCAGUACGGCAUAGCUCCUGAGGGUGGCAAUCGGCAUAACCUGGCAGGUGUCGAGGUCUUCCACGACGAUGUGGCCAAGAUCUGUCGCGAGAAGUGGCGGGUCUUGCAGAGCUGGGGUUGGGAUGGCCACACGCCACUCCUCUUCACCGUCCCGGAUGGCUUGAGCUCCAGGGCACCCCUGCGGCGCUUCGCGCAAUUGCUGGCCAGUGUGGAUCAGGAAGAAUUGGCUGCAGCCACGGCUGUGCGACGUGGGCGGAGGAGUGCUCAGCCAGCGACCCCACCAGCUGCAGUCCAGCUCUUGAUCUCCUGGCUCUUGCGCGCGCGGGCGCGCAUGCGGCUGCCAGACCUGGUGAAGGAUGAGAAGGAUUGCCCGCUGAGCGCAGCGGUUGCAGCGGUGGUCGCUGGCGAGCGUGACGUGCUGGAGGAUUGCCUGCAGCAGCUUGAACAGGAGCUGCUGCUUUGGGAGCUUCGUGUUGAAAAAUCAGAACGCGCAAUUGGGGGGUGGGAAGGGGUGUCGAUUCGCCGAUCAUUCUCCACUCUGGCACUGGGGUCUAUCACCACCCCUGAAACUGCUGACGUGUGAGACUUGGCUGACGUUCCAAGAGAGGUGGAACGUGACCUGAACUAGGAUCCUGGGGUACCCAGCUGGGAGAGUCUAUACGGUUCUUCAACCUUUGUUGCUCUGGCACCAAAACCAGCACCGUUUGGGCCCAAAACGAGGAUCGGUUUUCGGCGUUGACCCGUCUCUCGCUUCGACGUUCCGUGCAUGUUGGUCAACGAGGUGGAGGAAUCCCCCCAACUGGAGUGCCCAUCCUCCAGUUGAUUGGGGAGGUUCAUAAACCACCUCAACAUGGGGCAUAAGUAUGUUCAUGCGAACUUCGAGGUACCAUGGCUCUCCAUGGCUCUCCUGUGACCGCUGGGCCAUGCGAAGUGUCGGCGCAUCAAAUCCGGCGGGGUUCAGAAAAAAGAUCACC